AUGCCCAGGAAAACUCGCUUCAAGAAAGGCACAAGAGUGGAGCCACUGCGUCAGCAGCCUCCAGCUGCACCUCCUGUGUCUUCACCAUCCGAUGACGAUGACUGGCUCAUCCCUCUGCCCCCUAGUAAUGGUGGUGUCUCCGCAGCGGCUAUUCUGCAACCCUUUCGUCCGCCCAGGAGCGAACCAAGACCUGAGCCACAGGCCGCUAACGGUUCACGAGUGACGGAACCGUGCAAUGAAGCCAUUGACCCUGAGGCGAACGAGGCAGAUUCGUUUGAGGAACACAUUGACAGGAUGUUUGCUGCUUCUGAUGCUACAAAGCGCAAACGACGAAAGACUACUGAGUUUUGGGAUGUUGAUCUCAUUGAUUCUGAAGGAAUAAUCAAGCAAGCUAAAAUGAGUGUGAGAGAGGCUAUGGAGCGGUCUCUUAAUGGUAGCAAGAUCAUCCUGAGGUUCAAUGAGGAACUGCAGGUAGUCGGAGAUGGAGCUGGCCUGUUGAGUGGCAUUCUAGGAGCGCUGGGUUCUGAUUAUAGCAAAUUUUCUAUCUGUGAAAAGAGUUGGGCAAAGGUGCGGGGCAAAGACAGGGUUUAUGACGAUUGUAUAAAGUUGGACAUUGUCGUCGCAGGAGAUGUUCCACUUCCAGGAUAG